AUGCUCAGUCGUAUUUCUGAGUCGAGUAAUGUUCUACAAGAAUACAGGAAGUGUCCAUCGGCUGGCCCAAGAGAGCUUAUACAGGCAAUGGUUCGGUCCAUUGAGGAGGCUGACAAGCCAGCUAAGAGGGGCAAAAAGUCUGAAACACAGAAGAGAGAACAGGUCACCAACCAAACCAAGGGGCAAACCCCUAAGAAGCAAAAGACUGAUAAAGCUGGCCCUUCUCAGGUUCAACCAAAAAAGAAAAAGAAGCCGGCUCGGAGACUUAUUCUGCAAUCUUCAAGCGAUUCAGAAUAUGUCCCUCCUAAGCACAAAAAUGCUCCUCCAUCAGAAUCUGAGAGUGAAAGCCUAGAAUAA